AUGAAGAACAUUUUCAGAAAACAUAGAUCUCAUUCGCUGGUUUCCAGUGAUAGUUGCAAGAAACAGGAGACUGAACAAGAACACCACCAUAUCCAUUUGAAAUCGAGACGGUACACUCUACCCAUCGAUAUUGGAUGUCCUCAGUUCAAAUAUGAAGUACUUCACCUGGCUGACUGUGCUGUUGAUUCAGAAGGCGAACAUCAAGACAAUCACGAGACUACUCCCCUGACCCUGCGGCAUCAACAAAAUAAUGGUACACCAACUAACGAAGGGGAUAACCAAUCGGUUGCUCUUUCAGAAGCAGAUACUUUGAUGGUGGAAACUGGACACCGCUUGGAGUUACAGGAAACCUACACCGAUAAUUUCACAUUAUAUCUCCCUUACCUAUUGCGGCAGAUGAGAAUAAUGGAGCAACAACGAAUGGAUAGACUAGAGGAAAUACUACAUCCUGCCCCAAUUGAAAGUGGAACGUUUCAAGAAUACGAUGACGAUCUAUCUACAAUAGUCAGUGAAUCUAUUGCUGGCGAAGCGGGACCAGCUGCUCGGAUUUUAAAUAAAUCACUAUCUAAAUUCAACUUGAAGCGACUGUUUGUGUUUGCUGAAGUCAUGCUCGGGAGUAAUACGUUUAUCUUCCCCAGUCAAAAGUCAUUCCAAUUGUUUAAACGACUACGCCAUGAGGUUAAGCGGGAACGAAAACAUCUGAUUAUAUUAUACGAUUCCAAGGGGACCAUUAAACGAAUAUCAAACGUUAAACGGGAGGAAGUCGACAUUUUAGAAGAUAUAAUUGACGACCGGCCCCAUAUCAUUCCAUUGGACUAUAAAAUCAAAGGUUUAGGGUUACCACUUUUGAGAAUGCAAACACCAGUAAUGUCGGCGUUUAGAAAGAGUUCCCCUUAUGCUAUAUUCAGACGAUUCAGGGAAAUUCCUUUGCCACCAGAUCCAAAGUCAACCAGCGACAAACAUGACGACUUUGAAUUUGAAUCGUACGUUAUGUGCAAAGUAUAUUCCAAGUUCUUUCCCAAUUUCCGAAGAUUGAUCUUUGAGUUCAAUAUUCCUGAUGUACCUCCUUUUAAUAUUCUUAUGUUCCACAGCAGUUUACGUCCAUUUGCUGACUUCAACUAUAAAUCCACCCGGUUUAGAAUAAUUGGUGCAACACCCACCCUGGGCUUACUCCUGCUGUACAAUCCCCAUAUCAGACUCUUGGUUCUUGAUGACGAUCAAGAGUCAUUGUGUGAUAAAGUGAUAAACAGAAAGCAAGGAUUUGAGUUGCUGCACAUAAUCAAAAAACGAGACACCACAUCAUCAUCAGCUUCGUCAUUGUCAUUUGAUGAACUGAUUCCCUUGUCAUAUAUAAAUCCCUUUCCUGUUAAUGACUUGGCACAUGAAGAUAUUACUGAUGUGAUCACCCAACAGAGAAGAACAAGGUACAUUUCAAACAACCUUCCUCCAUUUGGCGAAUGCAAAGACUCAAUUCUUUACAAGAUGGACGAACCAUCCUUACUCCCCAAGAAAUAUUCAGAAACUGCCCGAUUGGAUGUUUAUCAAGAUAACUCAAACUUGAACCAAGACAUUGAUAGUACAUUAUCUGUUGACGUUGAUUCCUUGGUCAUGGCAUGCAUACUUGCUACAAUAAGAGACAUCUCCAUUAGAAACGCUGGCAAAAUUGGAAAUUCCAAUAUUGCAGCCAUGGGAAUAGCAGGAAGAAUGAUUUCGUUUGGUUAUACUGGCUAUGCCUUUGGAUAA